AUGGUCGCGGUCGUGGUCGUGGCCGUGGUCGUGGUCGUGGUCGUGAUCCUGUUCCCGAACGCGUUACCAGGACAACGGCUGGCCAAGUUGGCGGGCAAGAGGCAGCGCUUGGAGGACACAGCGGCCCAGGCUCAGUGUGCAUACAACCAGUCUCCCCCUCCCCAAUCCACUCGUUGA